GGUCGAGGAUGCGCUCGCAGGGGCGGGGCAGGAGCCGUGUAAACCGCACAACAACAAACACUGGGGCGGAAGGACGGAAUCAUCAGUGCGCAGCCGUGAGCCGGAGCCGGUUUCCCUUACCAGGAAAAAGUGGAAGACCAAUCGGGAGCCCUGGGAGACUCUAGGCCCUUUCUGCUCCGCCCUUCUGCAGCGUAUUUCCAGCUCGCUUUCUGAGAGGCUCUGAUUCAGCGGAAGCGGCAGGUUUCCGUGGUAACAGAAAAGCGCGGGAAAUACAGAUAAAUUGAAACUGCGACUGCGCGGACUGAGCUAGCGGCGUAUUUGUGGGCCGCUCUCAGACAGCUGGACCGUUGGGCCUCGGAAGUCCGAGCUCUUCACUCUGGGUAAGGAACAGAAAGAAAUGGAUUUAUCUGCGGAUCGGGUUAAAGAAGUACAAAAUGUCCUCAAUGCUAUGCAGAAAGUCUUAGAGUGUCCAAUCUGUCUGGAGUUGAUCAAAGAGCCUGUUUCCACAAAGUGUGACCACAUAUUUUGCAAAUUUUGUAUGCUGAAACUUCUCAGCCAGAAGAAAGGACCUUCACAAUGUCCUUUGUGUAAGAAUAAUAUAACCAAAAGAAGCCUACAGGAAAGCACAAGAUUUAGUCAACUUGUUGAAGAGCUAUUGAAAAUCAUUCAUGCUUUUGAGCUUGACACAGGAUUAGAGUUUACAAACACUUACAACUUUUCAAAAAAGGAAAAUAACUCUCCUGAGCAUCUAAAGGAGGAAGUUUCUAUCAUCCAGAGUAUGGGCUACCGAAACCGCGCCAGAAGACUUCGACAGAAUGAACCUGAAAAUCCUACCUUGCAGGAAACCAGUCUUAGUAUUCAACUCUCUGACCUUGGAAUUGUGAGAUCUCUGAGAACAAAACAGCAGAUACAACCUAAGAAUAAGUCUGUCUACAUUGAAUUGGGAUCUGAUUCUUCUGAAGAAACAGUUAAUAAGGCAAAUUGUUGCAGUGCGGGAGACCAUGAACUAUUACAAAUUACCCCUCCAAGUGCCAGGGCUGAAGCCAGUGUGAAUCCUGGAAAAAAGGCUGCUUGUGAGUGUUCUGAAAAGGACAUAGCAAAUCUUGAACCUCAUCAGUCCAGUAAUAAAGAUUUGACCACUGCUAAGAAGCAUGCAACUGAGAAGCAUCCAGAAAAGUAUCAGGAUAACCUAGAACAACCUAUGGGAAGUAGUCAUGCUUCUCAGGUUUGUUCUGAGACACCUGAUGACAUAUUAAAUGGUGAUGAAAUAAAGGAAAAUAUCAGCUUUACUGAAACUGGUAUUAAGGAAAAAUCUGCUGUUUUUAGCAAAAGUGUCCAAAAAGGAGAAUUCAGAAGGAGCCCAAGCCCUGUAGUCCAUACAAGUUUGUCUCAGAGUCACCAAAGAGGAGCUGGGAUAGUAGAGUUUUCAGAAGAGAACAUGUUUAGUGAGGAUGAAGAGCUUCCUUGCUUCCAGCACUUACUGUUUGGUAAAGUAACCAGUACACCUUCUCAAUCCACCAGUCAUAAUGCUGUUGCCGCAGAAGGUCUAUCUAAGAAAACAGAGGAAAACCUAGUGUCAUUGAAGAAUAGCUUAAAUGACUGCAGUAACCAGAUAACAUCAGCAAAGGCAUCCCAGGAACAUCACCUUAGUGGGGAAGCGAGAUGUUCUAGUAGCUUAUAUUCUUCACAGUGCAGUGCUUUGGAAGACUUGACUGCUAAUACAAACAACCAGGAUCCUUUCUUGAUGCUUGAUCCUCCUUCCAAACAAGUGAGCCAUCAGUCUGAAAUCCAGGAAGUUUUGAGUGACAAGGAAUUGGUUUCAGAUGAUGAUGAAAAGGGAACUUGCCUGGAGGAGGAUAAUCCCCAAGAAGAUCAGAGUGUGGAUUCAAACUUAGGUGAAGCAGCAUACGGGUACGAGAGUGAAGCAAGCCUCUCUGAAGCCUAUUCAGUGCAGUCCUCUCAGAGCGGAAUUUUAACCACUCAGCAGAGGGAUACCAUGCAAGAUAACCUCAUAAAGCUCCAACAGGAAAUGGCCGAACUGGAAGCUGUGUUAGAGCAGCACAGCAGCCAGCCUUCUAACAGCCCCCCUUUCCUCAUAGCUGAUUCUUGUGCCCCUGAGGACCAGCUAAAUCUGGAACAAAACACAUCAGAAAAAGUAUUAACUUCAGAGAAAAGUAGUGAAUACCCUAUAAGGCAGAAUUCCAAGAGCCUUUCUGCUGACAAGUUUCAAGUACCUCUGGAUAGUUCCACCACUAAAAAUAAAGAACCAGAAAUGGAAAGGUCUUCCCCUUCUAAACUCCCGUUGCUAGAUAAUAGGUGGUAUAUGCACAGCCACUCUAGUCUUCAGAAUGGAAAUUGCCCGUCUCAAAAGGAGCUCAGCAAGGUUGUUGAUAUGGAGGAGCAACAGCUGUCUAAGUUUGAGGCCCAGGAUUUAAUGGAGCAACCUUACGUGUCAAGACAAGACCCAGAGGGAAGCCCUUACCUAGAAUCCGGAAUCAGCCUCUUUGAUGACCCUGAGUCUGAUCCCUCUGAAGACAGAGCCCCAGAGCUGGCUCGUGUUUGCAGCAGGACAGCUUCAACCUCAGCAUUGAAAUUACCCCAAUUUCAAGUUGAAGAAUCUGCCAAAAGUCCAGCUGCCGCUCAUACUAUUAAUACUGCUAGGUAUAAUGUGAGGGAAGAAAGUAUGAACAGGGAAAAGCCAGAAGUGGUAUCUUCAACAAAAAGAGUCAGCAACAGAAUGUCUGUGGUAGCAUCAGGCUUGACCCCAAAAGAAUUUAUGCUUGUGCACAAGUUUGCCAGAAAACACCACAUCAAUUUAACUGAUCUAGUUACUGAAGAGACUACUCAUGUCAUUAUGAAAACAGAUGCUGAGUUUGUGUGUGAACGGACACUGAAAUAUUUUCUGGGAAUUGCAGGAGGAAAAUGGGUAGUUAGCUAUUUCUGGGUGACCCAGUCUAUUAAAGAAAGAAAGGUGCUAGAUGAGCAUGAUUUUGAAGUCAGAGGAGAUGUUGUCAAUGGAAGAAACCACCAAGGCCCAAAGCGAGCAAGAGAAUCCCAGGACAGAGAGAUCUUCAGAGGCCUAGAAAUCUGUUGCUAUGGGCCCUUUACCAACAUGCCUACAGAUCAGCUAGAGUGGAUGGUGCACCUAUGUGGAGCUUCUGUGGUGAAGGAGCCUUCAUCAUUCACCUUUGGCAAGGGCACUCACCCAGUUGUGGUUGUGCAACCGGAUGCCUGGACAGAGGACAGUGGCUUCCAAUUGAUUGGGCACGUGUGUGAGGCAUCUGUGGUGACACGAGAGUGGGUACUGGACAGUGUAGCCCUCUACCAAUGCCAGGAGCUGGACACCUACCUGAUACCCCAGAUCUCCGAGAGAGCUGCUGCUGAUUCCAGCCAGCCGCGUGUUUCAUGUGUAGGGCCUGUCUUCAUAGGACCCCAAGAAUGAGCCUAAGAAAUGGCCCUUUUCCAGGCCCUGGGAGCUCCACUUUAGUCCUUCCACAGGCCUGGUUAAUAAAUAUUUUAUGUACAUCAGCUUGAAAAGAACUUCUGCCUAUGCAAGGGUCCCUUAAAGAUUUUCUGCUUCAAGUCUCCCUUUGAAUCUGCCAUGAGCACAAAAUUGUGGUAAUUUUUCACCUGAAAAGAAUUUAAGACCAUUUAAACCCCACCAGUUGAGCAAGAUGCUGAUUCAUUAUUUAUCAGCCCUAUUCCCUUUAGUGGAGAUGUUGGCUUAAGAGCUGGAGGCACAGAGUUGCUGGCCUUAGGAGAAAAGCCGCUUCCCUAAGUUUGUUUCUCUAAAACCCUGUGUUCAUAAAGGCCAAGAGUCAGACCCUUCAGUGGGAGGUGAGUACUUAGGGAUCUGUGAUGUGACUUAAAAUCAGAACAGUCCACGGGCAGCUCUCAAAUGUUGGAGUGGAACAUUGGGGAAGGAAUUCAGUAGCAGGUAAUGGAUAUAAAUAUGAAACUUGAGGGUUAAUUAGAAGAGAGGGGAGUCAUGCUGACCCUGAUCUCCAGUAAGUGUGGGCUAUAGUUGCUUGAUUUCUAAUGAAUUUCUUAGCACUAAUGUGCUCUGAAACAGCAGAAUCUCUUUAAGAACUGGUGUCCAAAGAGAGUCUUCUAAUUCCCCAUUAGUAAUAAAUGAAGUGUUGUAGCUCUGAUAUGUAACCCAUUGCUCUUGAAAUACAAAAUCUUGGUUAUGAAUAUUUCAUGUCUACAAAUGACAGAUCCCACCAGGAAAGGAGCGGUUGCUUUCCUUGAGGUAAUUUUUUCCCUUUGCCUCCCUGUUGCUGAACUGUACAGCUUCAUAAAUAAUUUUGUGUGCUGAAGGGAGAAAAAGUGUUUCUCAUAAACUCAUUAUCUGGACUGUUUAUAGCUGUUGGAAGGACUGUGUCUUCCUUAGCCCCCCAGUGCGUGAGGGCAGCGCAGACUUGAUUGUACAAAAUAUGUUCUGUAAAUGUGCUGUUCACCUGCAAAUAAACUUGGUAGCAAACACUUCCGCAAGUAAGACUCUUGAGGCUAC